AUGACGCACACGGAAGCUCCGACAAGCCCCGCCUCCUAGAGAAGAGGGACCUGCGCUGCGGUUCCGGGAGCCCGGCGGCAGCCGCCAGUACUGGCAGGUUCGGGCACGAUUCAGGGAACCUCGGACGUGAGGCCGGAGGCCCCAGUCCCCGCGAGCCCAGAUGCCUGUCCAGCCUCCAAGUAAAGACACAGAAGAGAUGGAAGCAGAGGGCGAUUCCGCCACGGAGAUGAAUGGGGAGGAGGAAGAGAGUGAGGAGGAACGCAGCGGUAGCCAGACUGAGUCGGAGGAGGAGAGCUCAGAGAUGGAUGACGAGGACUAUGAGCGGCGUCGCAGCGAGUGUGUCAAUGAGAUGCUGGACCUGGAGAAGCAGUUCUCAGAGCUAAAGGAGAAGUUGUUCAGGGAGCGACUGAGUCAGUUACGGUUGCGGCUGGAGGAGGUGGGGGCUGAGAGAGCCCCUGAGUACACGGAACCUCUUGGGGGGCUGCAGCGGAGCCUCAAGAUUCGCAUUCAGGUGGCAGGGAUCUACAAGGGCUUCUGCCUGGACGUGAUCAGGAAUAAGUAUGAGUGUGAGCUUCAGGGGGCCAGACAGCACCUGGAGAGCGAGAGACUUCUGCUGUAUGACACACUGCAGGGGGAGCUGCAGGAGCGGAUCCAGAGGCUGGAGGAGGACCGCCAGAGUCUGGACAUCAGUUCCGAGUGGUGGGAUGAUAAACUGCAUGCCAGAAGCAGCUCAAAGACCUGGGACUCGCUGCCACCCAGCAAGAGGAAGAAAGCACCUCUCGUCUCUGGCCCUUAUAUCGUGUACAUGCUGCAGGAGAUUGAUAUCCUCGAGGACUGGACGGCUAUCAAAAAGGCCCGGGCAGCAGUGUCGCCUCAGAAGAGAAAAGCAGAGGGACCAUGACUGCUGUUCACAGCCAAGGGGUCCCUCGGAACAGCUGGCACCACAUCCAGGAUUCACGUUUUCCAGCAGAUAGGCAGACUGACAAACCCCUGGGGCUAUGCAGACCACUCUCCAGUGUUGCUGCUGGGCCCCCUUCUGCCCUCCUCAGAGCCUGCACAGUUGUGGCCCCAGUGCUGACCUGGCCAGGCGAGACUGUUGUCUCCAUCUCUGACGAGCCUACCACCUCCCCCUCGUGAAGAUAAACCUCCUCUGUCCUCCAAAGACAACAGGCCUUGUCCUAAGCCAAAGCAACACCCCUCCUGCCAACCUCUCCACUGAGCCAGGGAGCUGGGCCCCAUGGCAUGGGAACUGAGCAAGAAAUGAUAUGUUGGGGGCCUGUCCACUCUGGCUGGAGCUGGAGGUGAUAGCCAGGCCCCCUAGGUUUUCUCAGGGCUGUUCCUGGUGUCUGCCUCCCAGAUUUUGAGGA